CACAGGCCCAAUUGCCAACCUUUCCUUUCUCACUCCACCGCCGCGAUCACUACCUUUCACCUUGUCUUCGAAAUAAGAGAUCAACCCAACCUAGCACUCAUCAAGAUGCCACCCGACCGCUCCGCAACUGGGAAGAUAGUGUUUGUUGGCAACAUUCCAUAUGGCCUAACAGAAGAACAAAUCACCGAAAUAUUCUCCUCAGUCGGCCGUGUCCUCUCCUUCCGUUUGGUCUACGACCGCGAGACCGGUCGUCCCAAGGGUUUCGGUUUCGCUGAAUACAGCGACCAGGAGACUGCCGCGAGCGCUGUCCGCAACCUGGACAAUUACGAGAUCAUGGGGCGGAAACUGCGCGUGGACUUCUCGCACGAGGGGAGCGCGACGGAGGGGAUGGGAAUGGAUGACAUAAUGACGCAAGCAAGCGGCUCCGGAGUCCUCCCCGCCUUACCCCUAGGUGCAGACCUCCCAGCAGGCCUCAACGCGCCAGACGCAAUAUCCAGAACCCUGUCGGCCCUCCAGCCCCCACAACUCCUGGACAUCCUGGGCCAGAUGAAGGCCCUGGUGACCGCGGACCCCCUAAAAGCAACCGAGCUCCUCCGCCAGGCGCCACAACUUUCCUACGCCAUUUUUCAAGCCCUUCUGUUAAUGAACUUGGUAGACACCAGCGUGCUAACGCAAGUAAUCGAAAAUGCUGCUGCACCUUCUCAACCCCUCCCCGCUUCCGCCUCUACAACCUCCUCCGCCUAUGUCCCACCACCGGCCGUGCCCGCGGCACCUACCCCACCCCAACAGCAACAAUCGCCAUACACCCCUGCGCCUGCACAAGCCGCCAUCGUCGCGGACCCCCAGCGAGCAGCGCUGAUACAGCAGGUAUUAAGCCUAACGCCCGAGCAGAUAGGGGCUUUGCCGGCAGAUCAGCAGAGCCAGAUCAUGCUGUUGAAGCAUCAAUUGGCGGCCGGCGGUGGGUUUUAAGCCAGUAAUAGAAGGCUUACCUACCUAACCCAUAUAUAUAUGGCUGGUGAACCCAAUUUGGCUUCUUCUGACUCUUUCGUGUUAUUAUCAUACGUGUAAGCUUGGUGUUACAGUAGUUGGGUUUUUUUUUCCUCUGUGUCAUGUGUUUGUCCCUCGAAGCCAGUUGUGGGAACUAAUGUACUGAGGGAUGGAAGUUUUCUCGCUUGCUUCACUUUUCUACCUUUCAAUUGGUGUUUUUCUCUUUCUCCUUCUCUUUCUCCCCUUUCCUUUCCUCUCUCUCCUCUCCCGUUUGCCAAGGCAUGUAGAGUGCCCCGCUCCGCCCCGUCGUCACAUUUCAUUGUUGAACGGAACAUAUAUUAAAAAGUAUUAAAAGCGAGUAACUUGCGUUUGCAUUUUACCUGUAUUUCUAGUAGGGGACGCCC